AGGCAGGCAGCUCCAGACCGCAGUCAGUCCGUCCAGMAGCAGGAAGGAGGUCCAGACAGAACACGGCGCUGACUGAGCGGUACCGACGUGACACCGCCUGUCAGAGACUUGGAAGCCCUCCUGGAACAGCGCUUUUAUCGUCCCAUGCAUUCAUAGAAACAGUCCCCCGUUCACACCGCUGACCGCCUGUCGUCACCAUGACAGCCGAAGAAACCAUAAACGUGAAGGAGGUGGAGGUCAUCAAGGUGAUCUUGGACUUCCUCCACUCCAGGAAGCUGCACAUCAGCAUGCUCGCCCUGGAGAAGGAGAGCGGCGUCAUCAACGGACUCUACUCCGACGACAUGCUGUUCCUCCGGCAGUUGAUCCUUGAUGGGCAGUGGGACGAGGUCCUUCAGUUCAUUCAGCCUCUGGAGUGUAUGGACAAGUUUGACAGAAAAAGGUUUCGUUACAUCAUCCUGAAGCAGAAAUUCCUCGAGGCUCUGUGUGUGAAUAACGCCAUGUCAGCAGAAGACGAGCCACAGCACUUGGAGUUCACCAUGCAGGAAGCAGUGAAGUGUCUCCACGCUCUGGAAGAGUUCUGUCCCACUAAAGAUGAUUACAGCAAAUUGUGUUUGCUCCUCACACUGCCUCGCCUCACCAACCACGCCGAGUUCAAGGACUGGAACCCGAGCACAGCCAGGGUGCAGUGUUUUGAGGAGGCCUGCAACAUGGUGGCAGAGUUCAUCCCUGCCGACAGGAAGCUGAGCGAGGCGGGCUUUAAGGCCAGCGGGGAUCGACUCUUCCAGCUUCUUCUCAAGGGAGUCCUCUACGAGUGCUGCGUGGAGUUCUGCCAGAGCAAGGCGACCGGUGAGGAGAUCACAGAAGGGGAGGUCCUCCUGGGUGUUGACAUGCUGUGUGGUAACGGCUGCGAUGACCUGGACCUGUCUCUGCUGUCCUGGAUGCAGAACCUGUCCCACAGUGUUUUCACCUGCGCCUUCGAACAGAAGCAGCUCAACAUCCACGUCGACCGCUUGGUCAAGCCGGCCAAGACCGGCUACGCCGACCUCCUCACCCCGCUCAUCAGCAAGCUUUCCCCGUACCCGUCCUCGCCGCUUCGGCGCCCUCAGUCUGCGGACACCUACAUGUCCCGCUCCCUGAACCCUGCGUUGGACGGGUUGUCCUACGGCCUGUCCGGCCAGGAUAAACGGGCGAGCGUCGGGGAGGUGGCGACCGGGAGGGGAGUCUCGCCGAUGUCUCACUCGUUCGCCAACUUCCACUACCCCGGAGCGGGAGGGCCCAACCUGAGCAGGAGUCUGAUGAUGGAGAGCUCCGAAUGCCACAGCAUCUUCGAGGAAUCCCCUGAAACAUCCAGAACAGACACGCCGGUGGAUAAGAUGCUGAGCUCAGGUGGAGCUCAGAGCACGCGUCCUGCCUCAGCUCCAGGCGAGGAUGCACCAGCAGCUGGAUCUGCUGACAGGAAUGAGCUGCGCGACUCGACAGAGAAGUACGAGGAGUUUUACCGCCAGCGGCUGCGCGUGCAGCAGCACCUGGAGCAGAAGCAGCAGCAGAGGCAAAUGUACCAGCAGAUGCUGCUGGAGGGAGGGGUCCAGCAGGAGCCCCCGCCCAACGACAUGCAGCACAGCCUGACGGAGACCUUCCUCAACAGGUCCAUUCAGAAGCUCGAGGAGCUCAACGUGGGGAUGGAGAACUUAGGAGAGGAGGUGAAGUCUCUCUCCCAGCAGUGUAACGGCAACGGGAACACCCCCACCGCCGAGGACAACAAUAACCCCCCGUCUGUGACGCCCGAGCAGAGCCGGAGCCGGGGGGGAGGGGUGGUCAGCAGCACCCCUCAGCGCUCCGUAGGGGGCCGUGUGGUCCCGCCUCCCAACGAAUCCCCCGUCGUCUCCAGUGGGCAGAAACCUAAAGGGGGGUCUCAGGGUGACUCUCCUGGAUCUUUAUCUAGAAGUAAAGAGGGUGAAAAACCAAAAGACCUGUUUGUACCCGUGCACACUUUGGAAGACACUCAGGCGGUCCGAGCCGUGGCCUUUCACCCAUCUGGAGCUCUGUACGCUGUGGGAUCCAACUCCAAAACGCUUCGUGUGUGUGCAUACCCAGAAAAUCUGGACCCAAGUGCUUUAAGUCCCACAAAACAGCCGUCUGUUCGCUUCAAGAGGAACAAACACCACAAAGGCUCCAUCUACUGUGUGGCCUGGAGUCACUGUGGGCAGCUGCUGGCUACAGGCUCCAAUGACAAAUACGUCAAAGUCCUGCCGUUCAGUGCAGAAACAUGCAAUGCUACAGGACCAGACCUGGAGUUCAGCAUGCACGAUGGCACCAUCAGAGACCUGGCCUUCAUGGAGGGUCCAGAAAGCGGAGGAGCCAUUUUGAUCAGCGCUGGAGCAGGAGACUGUAACAUCUACACCACCGACUGCCAGAGGGGACAGGGACUGCACGCGCUCAGUGGACACACCGGUCACAUUCUGUCUCUGUAUACUUGGGGAGGCUGGAUGAUUGCGUCUGGAUCUCAAGAUAAAACCGUGCGGUUCUGGGACCUCAGAGUGCCGAGCUGUGUGCGAGUGGUGGGAACUGCUUUCCAUGGUUCAGGCAGUCCUGUUGCCUCUGUUGCCGUUGAUCCCAGUGGCCGUCUUCUAGCAACAGGACAGGAAGACAGUGCAUGCAUGCUGUAUGACAUCAGAGGAGGAAGGAUCGUCCAGGUGUAUCGUCCACACACCAGUGAUGUUCGGUCCGUUCGCUUCUCCCCUGGAGCGCACUACCUGCUCACUGGCUCCUACGACACUAAAGUCAUGGUCACCAACCUGCAAGGUGACCUGACCAAACAGCUGCCUCAGACUGUGGUGGGAGAACACGGCGACAAGGUGAUCCAGUGUCGAUGGCACACGCAGGACCUGUCCUUCCUCUCGUCCUCUGCCGACCGCACCGUCACGCUGUGGACACACAACCCCUAACACACACUAACAAUCCAGCCGUUGCUAUAAUCUGAAAGACUUGCACAUUCUCCUAAAACGAUGCUUUUCUUCUCUCUCUGCAAGUACAGUCAAAGCCAUUCGACACAUUUAGAAACAGGUGACGGAGCUUGUUCCUCCUGUAGGAAACCAGAAUGGGUCUAAAACCUCGGAGACAUCCAAAGCACAUGUCGCAUGUUCCUAACUGUUACACAGAGGUGUCAGACUGCUUAUUCAUACGGGAUUUUUACUUGAUUUCUAAAUCCGUUUUCUCUCUGCAUGUCCUUUUUAUUUGAGAACUUGUGGCUGUUUAAACAGGACAGGACUGCUUUGCUCAUGAUGGUGCCUUCCUUUUGUUCUCAGCUCCCCCUCUCAAAAAUGAUCCUUCCUGAUCGGACUUUAAAUCGUUUUAAAGAAAUUGUACAUUCCUUCUUGUUCAUAUCAUUUUUUUAGAACAGCUGCUAUAGUUUUAUUUGAGGUCAAACGUAAUCUGCCAGUGUCUCAGCAGUGAGCUCUUCCUGUGAAAACCAUCACGCGGUCAGCCAGCUGUGGGUCGUCUACUGUUAACCGUGUCCAGCGCUGCAGCUCAGAAUGCGUAAAUUAGCAGGGCACAUUUGUUUUAAAUAGGAAAUCAGUGUUUUGUUUUAGCCGGUUCUGUUAGUGGUUUGCUUUCAGUCGAGCUUUAUUAUUUGGGCGUCAAAGGGAAGUUCAGUAGGUAAACUGUGGUCGAACAUCCCAACGUUUGAGGCUUUGGGUUUUUUGCUGCUGUUGUGGCAUUAUAACAGUAGGUGUCAGUCUUUGCAUUACAGUGGUCUAUGUGCACAUCUGGAUGGAAGCGCACGUGUUCGAAUUAUAUUCAGAAAGCUGUUUUUGAGGUAUAUGCAUUAAUUUUUUAUAUUCAUCGUGCACAUUUUUGUUUCUUAACCUUUUCCUCAAACGCAGAUUUACUUACAAAUGUUCCUAUUUAAGUUUUAAUGUUGUUGUUAUAGUAUUUUGUUUCCAAAAAUGAAGCCAAACUAAUACGUACAUGUAUUUAUUUGUCUGGUUAAUCUAUGUACAGUUAAUGCUUGAAAAAUAAUAGUGGGCUCUUGUAUUAAUGCUUUGUAAAUCUUGUUUUUAAAAAGUGAAUUAACUUAUUUGAAGCUAACUCAAGUGUUAUGGUUGGUACGUUCAAUAAAGUGUCUUAAUUUUG